UCUAUUCUUACUUUAUUUCAAGAAUGCUGUGCUGUUGCUCUAAGCAGAAUCUCCGCUAGCCCUGAAGACCUAAAGGGUUGGUUUCUCUUUAUGCUUCUUCCGAGGAUGAUUUUACGAAACCCCAAGCGAGGUGGCAGGGCGUGCACAUCGGAGCUAAAGUCUGCUUGCAGAAAGUUUUUGAAUUUUCAUUGGGACGAGCUGAUUCAAUUGAACCUUCCUCGUCAUUCGUCCAAGUCAAAGUCUGUUGGUCAUCAAAUCAAGGCAGCCCUCCGGUUAGUGAAGUGUGGUGAAAUAUCCAGGGCAGCAAAAAUUCUUUGCAGUCAGGGAUUGGCAGAAGAAUGUGCUACUACAGUGGAGAAAUUGAAAGCUAAGCAUCCCGUUUCAGUUCAAGAGCUUGACUUUUCUUCAGAACCAAAUACAUCGGUUUUUGUGCUGGAUGAAAAUACGUGGUUGCAACAAAUUCGUUCUGCACCCAGGGGAUCGGGAAGUGGGCCAUCUGGAUGGCGUUAUGAGCACCUGAAGCCUCUAGUUCACAACUCUAAGCUACGGGAUCAGCUAUUCUUUAUGUGCUCUGCUAUUUCAAAGGGUCAGUUACCUUCUCAGGUGACGUCCCUCCUGUCAGCAUCAAGACUGAUUGCUUUACCAAAGCAGAAUGGCGAUGUCAGACCUAUAGCUAUAGGCGAGGUGAUAAGGAGAAUCACUGCCAAGUCAAUGUGCUGUCAAUAUCAAGAAAUUUUCUCUCAAAUUUUCUCUCCAAUCCAGCAUGGUGUGGCCACACGCAGUGGUGUCGAGUUGGUGGUUCAUCACUUGCAGUUACUGCUGGAAGAAAAUCCAAGCUGGGUUCUGUUGAAGACUGAUGUUAAAAACGCAUUCAAUUCAGUAUCCCGACAGAAGCUAAUGACAGAAGUUAUGUCUCGUCUACCCGCUUUUUAUGGCCAUGUGUCUUCUAUGUACGGAAAGCAUAGCCAUCUAGUCUACUCAAUGAAGGAAGAGAGCAUUAUGAUCCAGUCUCAGGAAGGAGUACAUCAGGGAGACCCCUUGGGACCAGCCCUUUUCUCAUGUUCUAUUCACCAAACGCUCGUGGAAAUUCAAGACCGUCAUUCAAUGGUGGUCAUUUUGGCCUACCUAGACGAUGUCUUCCUUUGUGGCCCUUCUGAUCUGUGUCAGCGAGCUUUUAAAGACCUACAAUGUUCAUUCACUCAACUUGGCUUGUCUGUCUGUCCAAGCAAAUGCCAGGCUUAUUCCAGAGUCAUUCCAGCUAGCUGGCCAGAUGACAUUCCUUUCACUUCCUCAGGCAUUACUGUACUUGGCAGUCCUAUUGGAGACUGUGAUUACGUGCAGAAUUAUUGUUUAUCUACUGCACUUUCUGGAGCUGAACUGUGCAACAAACUGCAAAGUUUGAAUGAUCCUCAGAGUGCUAUGUUGAUCUUGAGGCAAUGUCAUUCCACCCGUUUAAACCACUUGGGCAGGACAGUUCAACAUACUUGGUUGACGGAAGGAGCAAGGGCACAUGAUGAUUUGACACAACGCACUUUUUGUUCUAUCCUAGGCAUAAUGGCUGAUCCAUCUCUUUAUUGGAAACAGUGCUGUCUAUCAAUAAAAAGUGGAGGAUUCGGUUUAACGAUGUUGGAAGACAUCUCACCUGCAGCAUUCCUUGCAGCAUGGUCUAACACCUUUCAACAGCUUCCCAAACGGUUUCUCACUUUUUCGAGUUAUUCUCCAUCUUUUCUAGGGAAGGUUCUUACGAACCUCCCUCUAGGUCAUCAACUCACUGACUCUCAUAAGAAACUGCUAUCCAUCUUGGAAAGCGGCUGUGAUUACGCUCACUUAUCUCUAGAGGACUUGCUGACAGAACCUGACAAGCUACAGCACAGACUUACUUCAGCUAUUAAUCAAGGCAGAGAGGCAACUUUGCUAGCCUUGUCUAUCGAUGACCAGUGUUCUGCUCGUUUGAGAUCUGUUGCAGGAAAGGAAGCUGGAGCUUGGCUUCACGCAAUCCCAUCCGACGAUGAGCUCGCUAUUGAAACUCGCGAAUAUCGCUUAGCGGCUUAUUUACGCUUGGGCUUGCCUAUAUUUGGUCAAUGGGCAGUCACCUGUGAUUGUGGAGCUACAGUAGACGAAGGUGCAUACCACCUCUUGACAUGCAAGCGUCACGGUGGCCCAAUUUGGCAGCACGACUUCAUUGUCUCGGCCUGGUGCAGGUGUCUAAAUUCAGCUGAUGUUCUCCACAAGAAGGAAGUGCGCAACCUCUAUGUCGACAGCCUUGGUCGCCCGGAUAUUGUGACCUUUGACUCAGGUAGCUUGACCAAUGCUGAGAUAGAUGUCUCGCUAGCUCAUCCCUACAACAAGGAGGUGGUUAGCUCUAGUGCUAAAGUGACUGGCCAUGCCUCCCUUGUUCGAGAACAACACAAGAAAGAGAAGUACAAGCAAUUUCACCAUCCAGGAGGACAACGUCCAGAUGUCAUCCCCUUGGUACAUGAACAUUUUGGGAGAUGGGGCAAGGAAGCCAUUAACUUCCUCAAGUCCCUAGGGGAUCGCUCCAAGGAUGAAUAUGGUCAAUACAACAAAAAGGAUUUUAUGUCAGUGUCUAGACGCCGGAUUAGCGUUGCACUUCAGAAAGGCAAUGCUAAAGUUAUUCUAAGGAAGCUGGAAAGACUAAUUUAUGCUUUUUCUUCGCUUGACCUUGCUUUCACAGACGUUCAGUCUUACGUUCAUUAGAAUAGACAGCAGUUUUCAUUAGUCUUUUGUGCUAGAGAAAGAAAUUAUUCAAUAAAA